AUGGCCUUCAAUGACCUCCUGCUGCAGUUGGGGGGCGUCGGCCGCUUCCAGAAGAUUCAGGUCACCCUGGUGAUCCUCCCUGUGAUCCUGCUGGCCUCCCACAACACCCUGCAGAACUUCACCGCCGCCAUCCCCACCCACCACUGCCGCCCACCUGCCAACACCAACCUCAGCGAGGACGGGGACCCGGAGGCCUGGCUGCCCCGGGAUGGGCAGGGGCGGCCCGAGUCCUGCCUCCUCUUCACCUCCCCGCAGCGGGGACUGCCAUUUCCCAACGGCACAGGGGCCAACGGCACAGGGGCCACAGAGCCCUGCCCCCACGGCUGGAUCUACGACAACAGCACCUUCCCUUCCACCAUCGUGACUGAGUGGAACCUCGUGUGCUCUCACAGGGCCUUACGCCAGCUGGCUCAGUCCUUAUACAUGUUGGGAGUGCUUCUCGGAGCCAUGGUAUUCGGGUGCCUAGCAGACAGGCUGGGCCGCCGGAAGGUGCUCAUCUUCAACUACCUGCAGACAGCUGUGUCGGGAACCUGUGCCGCCUUCGCUCCCAACUUCCCCGUCUACUGUGCCUUCCGGCUCCUCUCGGGCAUGUCCAUAGCUGGCGUCGUCCUCAACUGCAUAACACUGAAUGUGGAGUGGAUGCCCAUCCACACACGGGCCUACGUGGGCACCCUGACUGGCUACAUCUACAGCCUGGGCCAGUUUCUCCUGGCUGGGGUGGCCUAUGCUGUGCCCCACUGGCGUUACCUACAGCUGUUGGUCUCUGUGCCCUUUUAUGCCUUCUUCAUCUACUCCUGGUUCUUCAUCGAGUCGGCCCGCUGGUACGCUUCCUCCGGGAGGCUGGACCUCACCCUGAGAAACCUGAAGAGAGUGGCCUGGAUCAAUGGGAAGCGGGAAGAGGGGGCCAAUCUAAGUAUGGAGGCUCUCCAGGCCAGUCUACAGAAGGAGCUGACCACAGGCAAGAGCCAGGCCUCGGCCCUGGAGCUGCUGCGCUGCCCUGCCCUUCGCCGCCUCUUCCUCUGCCUCUCAAUGCUGUGGUUUGCUACUAGCUUUGCCUACUACGGGCUGGUCAUGGACCUGCAGGGUUUUGGGGUCAGCAUCUACCUAAUCCAGGUGAUCUUUGGUGCUGUGGACCUGCCUGCCAAGCUUGUGAGCUUCCUUGUCAUCAACAAUGUGGGCCGCCGGCCUGCCCAGAUGGCCUCACUGCUGCUGGCAGGCAUCUGCAUCCUCAUCAAUGGGGUGAUACCCCAGGAUAAGUCCAUUGUCCGAACCUCUCUUGCUGUGCUGGGGAAGGGCUGUCUGGCUUCCUCCUUCAACUGCGUCUUCCUAUACACUGGGGAGGUGUACCCCACAAUGAUCCGGCAGACGGGCCUGGGUAUGGGCAGCACCGUGGCGCGAGUGGGCAGCAUUGUGAGCCCGCUGGUGAGCAUGACAGCCGAGCUCUACCCCUCCGUGCCUCUCUUCAUCUACGGCACUGUCCCGGUGGCUGCCAGCGCUGCCGUUGCCCUCCUGCCGGAGACCCUGGGCCAGCCACUGCCAGACACGGUGCAGGACGUGGAAAACAGGUGGGCCCCCACCCAGGGAGAAGCAGGGGCUCGCCCCGGGAGAGGGAAACCGAGGAAGCAGCAAGAGGAGCUGCAGAAGCAGAUGGUCCCACUUCAGGCUUCAGCACAAGUGAAGAACUGA